AUCACGACGUCGCAAAAGUUCUGCUGCGGAAGAGGGAUGCGAAGGAGAUGGCUGAACUUAGAUAGCCCUGUGUUUGGGAAUAUCUUCACUAUGGACCUUCUCCGGAGGAAAGAGGCGAGCACAGGACGACUGCUCGUCCUCGCAGUGGUGUUCGGCUGGUGUUUAGGCUCUGUGAGCUGUUUCGGACAGAGUCUAGACAGCGAGUUUACGUUCCUGCUGCCAGCCGGAAGGUCUGAGUGUUUCUUCCAAACAGCAGUAAAGAAUGGUACCAUGGAGGUCGAGUAUCAGGUGAUAGCAGGUGCCGGUAUGGAUGUAGACUUCACCAUCGUCUCUCCAGAAGGCGACCGGCUCAUUGUUGAGUCUCGACGCUCCGACGGAGUUCACGUGGUGGAGCCGACGCAUGAGGGAGACUAUCAAAUCUGCUUCGACAAUAGCUUCAGUCGCUUCUCCGAGAAGAUGGUGUUCUUCGAGAUCAUCAUCGAGGGUCAAGGAGGAGAUGUUGGUGGAGAUGACGAGUGGACGGGAUUGGAGGAGCCUGAUGGGAGCCUCCUGGAGUACAAGCUGGAGGACAUCCGGGAGUCCAUGGAGUCUCUGCACAGGCGCUUGGAGCGCAGCCGACAGGUGCAGACGGUGUUGCGGGCUUUUGAGGCGCGGGACCGAAACCUUCUGGAGGACAACCUGUGGAAGGUGUCAUUUUGGUCCUGCGCCAGUGUGCUGGUGAUGCUGUGUGUGGCUUUUACCCAGGUCUACACUGUGCGUAAACUGUUUGACGAUAGACGGAGGGUCUGCACAUAGAGGCAGUGUUUUGCAGUCAUUAAAGGCAGACGGGAAAGGAAAACAAUCCAACAGAAGAUAUUCAGCUGGUUACCCAUUCAGAUUAUGCUCCAGUCUUUUUCAUUUUGUCUGCAUCAACACCAGCAUUCAGCAUCACUUGUAAUGGAUUUUUUUUUUUACUCCUAAAAUCUUGUUUUACAUCAGUUUGUGAGCAAUAAUGAAAUAUUAUUAGAUUAUGAAGGGUAGCCAGGUAAGGAAGAGACUGAGGAAGAUGAAGUCAUUUCAUUUCAUUUAGUGUCUUCAGUGUCAAAUGUCACCACAAACCAACAAGGAAAUAUUUUUUGAAAGGCACUGCCAAUAGACAACAAUACAUUUUGUGGUUUAACUGCUGUCGUUUCUGAAACUGGUCAGAGGUUUGGGGGUUUUUCCAUUGAAGGUGAAAUUAACCUGACUAAAGGUCAGUUAAAUGACAACUCAAAAGGUGAUCCACAGAGCCCCUACCUGGCUGGUUUACAAGAGAUAACAAUGUGCAAUAAUGUUGGUGGAUUUGCUCUUCCUGACAGGUUAAGAUCUUCACAUUUGUCCAUCUGAGCAUGUUUUUCCUUGGUUAGUCUCGUUGAUGUUUUUUUUUGUUUUUUUUAGAUGUUACUGAUUUCUUCUCAUGUGCCAGUUCAAGUCUAUGCUGACAAAUAAGAAUGUAGAAUAAGAGAAAGGGAUGAUUGCCAAUAAAGCAUGCGUGUCAGUACUCAGACUAAUACGUAGCAAGGACGAUAAUUCAUGUGAACAUACUGAUUGUUAGAUGUGUUUGUGUGUUUCUAGAUGAUCAAACCUGCUCAUCUUCAUGUUUGUUUGUCAACAGAAUGUGACAUUUUGAUUCUGUUCAGACAGCCACUGAGUGUCUUUUAAUGAACAGACUUUCAUUACAUAUGCUAUAGAAUAAUUAAAAAAAUCAGGUUUUCGUGGGAGUCAUUGAUAUUAAUAAAUGCAUUUUUUUACACAGGA